AUGGACCAAGGAAGCGCCGGGCCCGGCGCUGCUCCCCUUUUGACGUUGUUCGAUAAUCACAUCCUUUCUCGAGAUGAGAAGCAUGUGGAUUUAGAAACCUCCAAAGCCGCCGAUCCAAUAACUCUGAAAGAAAGACGUGCAGUUCUUGCACUGAGAGAACUCCUGCCUUCUCCUGUGCAGUUGAAAAGACUAAUAAAUUCUCCGGCAAUUAUAUGGACUAUAUGGCGCGCAAGAUUUCCAGAAAUACUAAAACCUGAGGCUCUCGAAAACCCUGCUGAUAUUGGAAAGAUCCUGUACUGCAUCAUCAUGACCCUUGAACAACGUGCGGUAGAGUUCGACUUUCAAUCCCUCAGGGUUCCGGUACCUAAGGAAAAGUACGUGGAACAAUGUGUUGCUGCUGUUCAGAAGUAUGUUAUCGAAGAUGAUGACAUUGCUUCAUCUCUAUCUGGUAUAGAGUGUAUUUAUAUGGCAGGAAAAUAUGAAAGCAACAUCGGCCGGCCACGAAAAACAUGGCUCCUGACGCGACGGGCUAUAAAUUUUGCCCAGCUAUCCGGCCUGCAUCUUCCGAACAAUCGCCCUGGGCCAGAUGAUGAACUCGGACUUCGCAAGCUUCAUAUAUGGUGUGGUCUCGCAUGCUCAGACCUAUACCAGAGCUCAAUUCUUGGGCUACCUUAUUCUGUGCCGCUUCAUCUCUUGAAGCCUCAUAUCACACAUUUACUGAAGGUUAAAAAGAUGGAUCCUGCAGAAGCAUAUAUGUUGCGUGUUUGCCUUCCAUUGGGAUCUAUAAUUGAUAGAAACCAAGACGGAGGCAAUAUGUCUCUUCCUCUUACCCUGAAAAUCGACCAAGAGUUAGAGGACAUGGGUAAACAGAUGGGAGACGAUUGGUGGGAUUCAUCCCAGUUAGGGCAGCUUAGCCCCAUAGAAAAGAGCAGUCGACUUUGGUCACAAUUUGCCCACCAUUUCGUGAGGAUGUUGCUGCACCUACCAUUCAUGCUGAAAUCCAACACCGAUAAGCGUUGCCAAUAUUGUCAUAAUGCUGCUCUUGAAUCAGCGAGACAAACCAUCGAGUGUUAUAAGGGCAUUUAUGACAUUCGCAAUUCCGACCGUAUAUUUUGCAAAGUGAUUGAUUUUCAGGUUUUUACAUCUACAGUUCUCCUUAUCGUUCACUUGCUCGGCUCCCCUUUCGCCGACGAUCCACAGACUCGUGCCGACUGGAGGUCAGCCAUGUCCAUUGCUCGAAUGCUUCGCCAUGACCCAGACCUGCCCGAGGACUCCGUUAGCUAUCAAUCUGCGAGUGUCAUUGAAAAGUUAUGCUCUUGUCGAGAUGCUGAUGGGGCUCUGAGGACUGGAUUCAAAAGCAAAAACUGCAACCAAGCUCGAAGGAUUAUACUUCCAUAUUUCGGAGCUGUCAGCAUUGUUCCUGGUAAGAUGCUGAAGGAACAGCAACUACAGCAGCAGCAGCAACAGCAGCAGCAACAACAACAUCAGCACAAUUUGCAACAGCAAUAUCAGUACACGCAACAGCAACAAAUGAGCCCUCCGAAUUCUAUACCUGAGAAACAGAAUUCUACAAACUCAAGCGGGUAUACCACACCUCAGGAUACACCUUCGAUGUCACUAUUUAAUACCCAACUCCAAACUCCAAGUCAAUCAUCGUCGUCUUCAUAUCUACAAAAUGGGGCCCCAUUGCCCGAACCAAAUCUUGAUGUGAACUUAAAUCUCAACCUGAUGGAUGACACUGGAGGGUUUGGUAACCCCAAUCUAAACUUGGAUCUCUUUCUUGGACAAGGGUGGAAUUUCGAAUGGAUGGAUGCACAGAACUUCCAGCCUGUCUGA